AUGUCGUCGGUAUUCGAUCUUCUCGGCGAGGCCGAUAAUUUGAAUGAUCCCGAGCCGGUUCUCAAUCGACGGUCUGCAAUCUAUGGCAUGAUCUUGUCAUUUCUAAUCCUCUCGACACUCUGUGCUAUCUGGCGACUUUGGAUUCGUUUGUUCAUCACUCGUAUACCUGGAUGGGAUGACCUUUUCGUUGUGCUGGCCGUGCUAUGCAAUGUUGGUCAAGCCGUGGGCCUCUUUCUAGCAUGCGAGCACGGCCUAGGCCAACAUUUCCUUCUGCUCGGGAUCGAUGGAAUGCGGGAGUUCAUUAGGGUCUUCUACAUCGCGAAUGGUACCUAUCCCAUGUGCAGCACAUUCAUCAAGCUUGCCCUUUUGUUCCAAUAUCUGCGACUGUUUAAGAAGGGGACAAGACUGUGGAUACUCACAAUCGUCACGAUGGUGGUCGUCUGUCUGUGGGGCUUGAUUUUCACGUUUCUAUCCUGGGUGCCAUGCGUACCUGUGCAGGCGUAUUGGAACUGGACGAUACCCGACUCUGAAGUCACACGGUAUGGGUUCGGAUCACAUGAGGUGGACACUUUCGUGGCCACGUACCUUACCCAUGCCGCGACAAACGUGGUUCUUGAUCUCAUCAUAUUCACAAUACCGAUCCCUUUGUACAUGGAAAAGGACAUCCAAACAAAAACGCGUUGGGCGCUGUGCGGCCUCUUCGUGCUCGGGGCAAUUGUCAACGUCUGUUCAAUCUGCCGACUCGUUACAAUGGUGGGAAAUCGCGCCGCAACAUUUCCCACAUUGGACCCCAGCUGGUACGGGUCCGUACCAUCUGUGUUGUCAGCACUGGAGGUGAACCUGGCGACAAUUUGCGCAUCACUGCCAGUAUUCUGGCCCGUCAUCGAGGAGAACCUAGGCAGGAUCCUGGUUGUCCGAGAAGUCGACGUAACGCGCGAGACACGCGAUUUCAGUACUAUCAACAACUUCACCAGCUCGUAUGAAGACAAUGACAUGUACGCCUUGAAGGUCGUCAGCUCAAAGCAAGAAAAUUACGUUAACCAGAACUACAUGCUGGCACACAUUGAUCCGCUCCAGGAGGAGAAGCCGACAACGACGACUGUCAUGGCUGUGGGGCAGCAAGCCAACGGAGGUGCUGGGAGGAACAGGUCGCUUGACCACAACAGGUCGCUUGAACACAAUAGGUCGCUUGACCUGGGCUUGAACUUCACCUCGAGUUUGGCAGGCCUGGGUUACCACCGGCCGGUUGUGGAGAAGAGAGAAAGCAAAGAAGUAUUAUUGGACGCUUAA